GACACAGAAGAACAUUUGGGCCUGUUUUUGAGUCUUUAGUAUGCUGUCCCAUUGGGUUUCUUCAUAUUCUCUGUUUAGUGGUCGCACAGGCUCUAAGGAAUUCACUGCUUCAGCAACUCAUUCGCACUUUCCUUCUCUCUCUUUCUUCCCGAACCGGAAAAUCAACUGUAUGGACGCCACUGGCUUGGAUUCCUAUGGCCGUGAAUUUAAGACUGCCGACGAAAUGUGGAGGGAACACGCGGGUGACCCUAGUAAGAAGACCCAGUGGUACCGCGACGGCGUCUCCUACUGGGAGGGUGUUAAUCCAACUAUGGAUGGGGUAUUGGGAGGGUUUGCAAAUGUGAAUGAGCCUGAUAUAAGUUGCAGUGAGGAUUUUUUGAAGAUUCUCCUAUCCGAACGUUUUCCUGCUGAUGCCAGACACCAACCGCUUGUUGUUCUUGAUUGUGGUUCUGGCAUUGGCAGAGUCACCAAAAAUCUUUUAAUAAGAUACUUCAAUGAGGUUGAUCUCCUGGAGCCAGUAUCACAAUUCUUAGAGACUGCACGCCAAACUUUGGCUCUGGGAUGUCAGACAAAUGCAGUGCACAAAGCUGUUAAUUUUUACUGUGUUCCUCUUCAGGAUUUUACACCAGAUGCUGGAAGAUAUGAUGUAAUAUGGAUUCAAUGGUGUAUUGGUCAUCUUACGGAUGAAGAUUUUGUUUCAUUUUUCAACAGAGCAAAGGUUGGCCUCAAACCAGGUGGAUUUUUCGUUCUGAAGGAGAAUAUUGCCAGAUCUGGAUUUGUGCUUGACAAUGAAGAUCGAAGCGUUACAAGAUCUGAUACGUACUUCAAAGAGUUAUUUUCACAAUGUGGAUUACAUGUUUACAGAUUAAAGGAUCAGAAAGGAUUUCCUGAAGAAUUAUUUGCUGUGAAGAUGUAUGCAUUAACUACAGACGCACCUAAAAGGGCUCUCCGUGCAAAAUCCAAAAGAUCAAUUAAUAGGCCUAGAACCAUUAUGUGAAUAUUCUCCAUAUUCACCCUCAACCAUUUUUCAUUCAAUUGAGAGAUGGUCCAUGUUGUAUGUAUAGUAGGCAUUCAUUUGUUGAGUCAAGCCACUGUAAUAGGCUAUGCAAAUUUUUAGUUCUCAGCUAUCAGAAAUUUAUGGAAAGGUGAAUUUUGAGUUUUAGUAAUACUACAAUGAACAAAUAAGAGACGAUUUUGCUAUCACCUGAUGGCAUUCCGUUUCUUAGUGCAUGACUACAUGUUUCGGAAUAUGAACACUUGGGUUAAUGGGCA